UAGGAAGCGAGCCGAGCCGCCUGUGAUGAAAUUGAUUGACGGGUGAUCAUGUGACCACGCGUUCGCGGAGCUUUGAUUGAAUGCCCUGUUACCUCAGGCCAGUGACUCACGCCCCAUUCGUGAGCAGAGUCAUAGGGCUGAGUCCGCAGAUUUAAGGCCGUCGCUGCCCGGGAGGGAUUGCAGCCUUAGGUUGUCCUGCCAUCUCUUUCCUUGGCCAUCUCCCUCGUCUGGACCGUAUUCGUUCAUUCGAGCUCUGUCUUCGGCGCGGCACACGGCCGAGAGGGUUAGAUUGCAACGACUGCUGCUUGCUGCUGGAAGCCGUCGCGACCCGGUUUAUAUCAAGAUCCUUCUGCCAGAGUCUGACGGUGCCCAUUGAGGUUCAGCACAGAACUAGAUCACUCUCGGACCUCGAAUUCCCAAUCAUCCUUCUCUGCUCGCUCUUCGCCCAGGGCGCAGCACAUGCCACAAACCUUUCAUUGAGCAGGGGUCAAACUCGGAGAUACAGAAAGCAGAAGCCAUGGAAGCCAGCUGCCAGUGCGGAGCCGUGAGCUUCAAGACUCCCCUCCCCAAGCCACUGGCUCUGUACAUUUGCCACUGCCACGACUGUCAGCGGCAGUCGAGCUCGGCCUUUGGGACGUCGGCCAUCUUCCCCCGGUUCCCGCUGCCGGAUGCCGAACUGCUGGGCUGUUACAAGCGGCCAACUACCCUCGGAGAGACAAUGUACUGCUACUUCUGCACGCGAUGCGGGACGCGGCUGAUUCACACAAUUCCUGGUAAGAACGUCGUCUCGGUCAAGGGAGGAUGUAUCGAAGGACUGGAUUGGAAGUCGGCCAUUCAUAUCUGGACCAAGUCGGCCAUGGUCCCGAUCCCGGAGGGAUCAGAGACAUACCCGGAUGGCGGGCCAACUGAGCAGCUCAGCGACGGUCAAGAUUCGCUCGACCCCCCGAUUGAGUUGGCCGGUUAAGCAGACGAGUUACUAAAGAGCAGGCACCCGCGCUGUAGGGUGGGAAGUGAUGUCUACUAGUCUACUACUGCGCGACUCGGGGCGCUGCAGCAUCGGUUGAAGGAAGUCAAGGCACAUAAAAAAAGCAAGGACGUGGUGAGUACAGAGUAAUAGAGGCGCAAAACGGGGGUGUGGGCGAUUUCCAAGGGCAAAAACGUGGAUAUCUGAAACUUGUUAGUCGAAACCUAUGUUGGGAAUGUCGAGACUCUCUGUAACUGUAAUUGACGUGUUGUUUAACUUAUCGCUUGACGGCUUCUGUCCCUAACGUGCUUUUGUACGGAUAAUAUUAAAGAUGUGUCGAG